UUUGUUUUGUUUUCGAUGUUUCAGCUAGCCGUCAUACUUCAAACGUUCCCACGGCCAGCGCCCGUCUUUGCCUUCAUUCAUGUCUUUAAACUAGUCUACUUCGCUUCGUAUUGUUCAAGCAAUUUUAUGCAAGUACAUUUAGAGUCUAGAGCUAGAGUUAGAAAGUUAAAUUUUGACCAGAGAGAGCUGUGAUUAGACAGAAUCGUCUCGACACUGGAUUUGACUGGGUUUUUCUAGUCCCGCACAUUGAUUUCAACGUAUUUUGAUUCAUCGUGCCUGAUGUGAGAGAACUGGACAGGAUUAACCAAUCAUAUGCCUUUAGAACAGCAACCACGUCUUCGAGAUGGAAAGAUUCCGAUUUUUGUUUUCCCCACCGAGCUAGCCUUUUACGUUGAUGACCGAAAAUCCCACAAGCAAGUAUUGACCAUCUACAACCCAUAUGAUUUCCCGUUUCGAUUCAAGGUUUUAUGCACAGCUCCUCGGAAGUAUAAUGUUGUUGACUCAGAAGGUACUGUAAGACCUGGCUGUUGUGUUGAUAUACUGAUUCGGAUCAAAGAACUUAGUGAAACAGGGUUCGGCCAAAGAGACAAGUUCCGCCUUAACCUCUACCACCACGGACAGCGUGAAGUCAUAGGUCGUAAGGACGUCCCGGCACUGCUAGCAGCCACUGCUCAAGGGCGGGGCGAUCAGGACAACGAAGAUACCAGUUCUCAAGGCUCAUCUCCAUCCUCCUCUAAUCUCGUCUUUGCUCAAGCCAAUAGAGGGCGUGCCGGGCCCGGAGCAACAGUGGUCCUGUUAGCCCUGAUGUGCAUCGUAGCUUUGAUGUUGCCAACUCAAGGAGAGAAGGGUUCUCGUCUUCCAGACUACUUACAUUUGACGGUUAAUCAAAAACUAAUAGCUGCUUACGUUUUAGGACUCCUUACCAUGGUACUACUACGGACAUGACGAUAACUCUCACAUUUAGGAACCCCUCAUCCAAGGUUGAACAUGGAUGGACACCCCCUUGCAAUGAAAUGGAACUUUCCUGCGUUAUGAGUAUGAUAUAUUUGUUGGAUCCUACCAUUGGCCAACGUAGGUAUUACUUUUUAUCUGUUCAUGACAAAGAAAAUAUAUGUAAGUAAUCUUGUGUAGGUAAAUAUUUUUAAUAUUAUUCAAGGAAGUUAGGCCUAAAAAAAAAGAUGUUGUAUUGCCCUUUA